GCCUGUUUGGUCCUGCGUGGUAAACUUUGUUCCCUGUUCUGGUUUCCGACGUAAAAGCCGGUCACACCUGCGCGGUUUCUCUACGCCUGUUUUCCAUUCAUUUAGAUGUCUGUCCACUGUAUUCGGUCCUAUCUCUUGAUGAGAACUCGCUAGAAUCUUUUGCUGUGAUUUGAUCUCACUCCACCCGCAUGCGCGUUGUUGCUGUUCUUAACGCUGAUUCAACUGGUUACCGUUUUCCAGAACCCCAUGGCUUCUCGUCUCCCUCAUUAUUGCAUCAUUGGAGGCGGCAUUUCGGGCCUUGCCACAGCUUACUUUCUAUCGAUUGUAAAGUCCCCUGGAACCUACCGCGUUUCUUUGUUAGAAUCAGGUCCACGCUUUGGCGGUUGGGUUCAGUCCAUCCGAAACCCGGACACUGGUAGCGUUUACGAGCUAGGUCCUCACAGCGCCCGAGCUACUGGACCAAACAGUUUGCUUCUGCGUAUGGCAUGCAGUUUGGAGUUGGAAAACUCUAUUCAGUGGCUAUGUUCAGAUCAAGAUGCCUCUAAACGUUAUAUCUAUACCGGCGAUCAGUUGGUCACAGUUUCUCCCUUUCAACUGAUUCCGACAAAGCCUUUCACACGAUCCUCUGCCGGACUUUUGGUAAGGCGACUUUUUUCGCGUCGCCCUCCCAGCAAAUCAGAUUUAUCUGUUGAUGAAUUUUUGCGCACUCGAUUUGAUGACGAAUUUGCCGACUAUUUAGGUAGCUCAAUGAUGCGCGGCAUAUACGCCGGGGAUUCGCGGGAGCUUAGUUCUCGUGCUUGCCUGCCGUCGUUGGUUCAAUCGGAAGAGCUUGGCCCGAAUCUAGUUAUCGGUCUCUUGAGGACUGCGAUGACUCGGCGGUCUUCUCGCUCUUCUUCUUUACCAACUCCUUUUGAAACCGAACUCGGAACUCUGCGCUCACCUAUCCCACGUGGAGCAUUUGCUUGGUCCCUAUCAGGAGGAAUGCAAACGUUGAUUGAUGCCUUAGUCCAGAGGUUGCAUCUUCUUGAUCCCAUGAUUUCUUUGCAGCUGAAUUCUUCAGCCCAGCGCAUCAUACGAUCUACGCACCGUUUUGCCGUUCAAUGCACUCAACAUUCGAGUGAUGAACUCACCAUACUCCCUGAUGUCGACGCUAUUUUCCUUUGUUGCCCUUCCUACAAAUCAGCUGAACUGUUACGUGAACUUGUUCCAUAUGAGAUCGCUACGCGCCUGCAGAAGUCUCACUUACCCUGGGCUAGUGUCGCUGUUUCUGUAUUGGAGUUAGACUGUUCAUCUUCGCAGUCUUUCGUUCGGGGCUUUGGCCACUUGGUCCCACGCUUAGUAGACCCUUAUGCUUUGGGUAUAGUUUACGAUUCGGUCGCGUUCCCACAAUUGGAUGGUCCUCAUCACUGUGCUCGGUACACUGUAAUGAUGAAGCCACGAUCCGAAUGGCUGAUCACCAAACCACCUUCUUUGGAACAAAUAAUUCUAUCCGAAUCGCUGACAAUUCUUAAGCGGCACUUGAAGUUAGAUAAUGUGGCCUUAGUUGGUCACCGGUCUUCUUUAUUUCCUGACUGUAUUCCGCAGUAUCCAGUCGGUCAUCUCGACAACAUUUCAUCUGUUAGAUCAGUUCUCCGAUCUCUCACAACUGAAGACUGCGCUCGUACUGGCGGAAUACAUCUUGUUGGGUUCUCUUAUGACGGUGUUAGUCUGGGUGAUGCGGUGUCCAGCGCAUUGAAAGCUGUCGUUUCAACGCUUAGUGCUGACAGCAGUUAAUACGGGUUCUUUGAAUGCGACCAUUUUUAUACUGCUUACAUGCACACAUGACAAGCUUCUUAUAGCAUGUGGAAUCGUACAUGCUCUCUUGGACAGUUUUCUGUGACCCCUUAUUUCCGUGAUGUUCAGUUUGCGAUCUGUUGACGAUCACUUCUUGUGAGCUUUUUAUCAUUUAUCGAAUCCAACUUUUCUGCUUCUUCA